AUGGUGAAGAACUUCGUCUCGGUGCACGCCCUUUCUGGAGGCCACCUGACACUCCCGGAGAGAUUCUUCGUCACGCCUCUAGAUGACUCCUCAGCACGCAAAACGGUACCAUCCUUGUCGUUCCUCAUACAGCACAAAUCUCCAGAAGACAACAAAUUCACGAGAAUCGUCUUUGAUCUUGGCAUACGCAGGGUUUUAGAAGAUUAUGCCGAGCCUAUCUACAAACAUGCCCAGACACGGCAGCCGAUCUCUGGAGAUCCAGGCACCGUAAAGUCCCUUGAGGAUGGCGGCCUCACCCCAGAUGAUAUCGAUAUGGUCGUAUUCAGCCAUUUACACUGGGACCAUAUCGGAUCCCCUUCCGACUAUCCCAACUCGACCUACGUUGUUGGUCCAGGGGCAAAGUCUCUCAUUGAUGGCAGUCGAUCAUCUGCAAUCGGUAGUCACAAUCAUUUUGAGACGGGAAUUCUCGACCUCAGCCGAACCAUCGAACUGCCACCCACUGACCUCCCGGCUACACCACCACCUUUUGAGAAACAACUUAUGCUGUCCACACGAGCCCAGCAGCAAGUGAGCCGCCUCUCCCAGCCUUGGCACCGUAUGGGCUACUUUGAGUCGGUCAUUGACAUCUUCAACGACGGGAGUGUCUAUGUUGUUUCCGCUCCUGGUCACAUCAAUGGCCAUGUUAAUUUGCUCUGCCGUCUCGAAGACGGGAGACAUAUCUAUCUUGCCGGUGAUGCAUGCCAUGACCAGAGGCUGCUGAUAGGGGAGAAAGACAUCGCCACAUGGAGUGACGACGCACUCCCUCACGUUGUCUGCUGCAUUCAUCAGAACAAGACCGAGGCUGAGAGGACUCUCCGCGCGAUUAGGAACAGUAUGGAGGACCCUGGUGAUCUGGGACAGCUAGAGGUUAUUUUUGCUCAUGACUGGGCUUGGGAGAAGCGAGCCAGGAAAGAAAACAUGUUCUUUCCAGGAUCGAUAUAA